AUGAACUCCCAAAAGCCUCGGAAGAGGUCGAGAUGGCUGUCGAAGGUCUUUGGGAAGGAAGAGGCCUCGCAACCAGGCCAAACCUUGAAGCUAGCAGCAGUGGGGCCCAGUUCCGACCAAGCUUUCCCGCACGGGGCGACCCGCAGGUUGAAGGAAGCGACUGCAACGUCCGAACCUCCUCCCCCGCCUUACACUAAAUCUCAUGAGAAUACUACUCAGAGUGUUACGAUAGUCCAGACAACUGAGACGGCAGAUUUAUCCCAGAGCUUAAAGCCCAAAGAUGGGGCCCACCCAGGCCUGCCUGAGGGGAAGGCUGAGGAUCCACUGGCUUCAGAUGUGAAGGAUGCUUCCUUCUCUGAUAUCAAGGACACUGAGCAGCCCAAACCUGGACGGAUGUCUGGUCUCCAAGCACUUGCCAAUAAAAAAGAAGACCUAAAAGCGCCAACUGUUGCAAUUCUGUCAGCACCAGCGGUUGACACUCGCAAGACAGCGAAAGGCUCCUCUCGUACUCAAAAGGCAGGAUUCAAAGAUGAAGAAGCCGUGCCCCGAAUUCUUGACCCUAAGGUGUCAAUGUACAGUGCUGGGUUGUGGGAGAAGACGUAUACUCAAGUGUCUGGCAAUGAGAAGCACAAGGAGCUUUUCAUUAAGUACGAAGCCAUCUUAGACGAAAACUCUCCCAGCAAAGCAAAGAAUGCAAGCUUCCCUCAGAAAAUGGAAGCAAAUGUACAAAAACAAAUCAGUGUCAUGAAGCAAAAGCAAUGGGUCCUGCAAUGGGAUAAGAAAAGCAUUGUCAUUCGAGACCAAGCAGAGAGAAUUGUGAAGUUCGUGCAAACUUUCUCGGCUUUGGGGGAUGCAAUUGCGCAGAUUGAUCCUAUUCACGCUGGGAUCCCUUGGGCGGGAGUUUGUGCGAUGCUUACGCUCAUUCUGAAUGAUUCGACGCAGCAUCAGGAUGUCCUUAAUGGGAUUGAGGAUAUAUCUACCAUUAUUGGGAAGUACAUUGCCAUUGAGGAUGUUUAUGUGCAGAGCUGUGAAGUCAAAGCUGCUCUCCAUUUUCACAGGCCAACGGUGGCCAGAACGGUAUCGAAUAUUGUCAAAUCCGUCGAUUGGACGGAGCUACUCUCGAAGAUAAAGAAAUGCGACACAGAAUGUCUAGCUAUGGCAUCAAUGGCAGGAACGUCGAAUAUGACAAGCGGAAUCAGCUCCAUCAGCGAUAAUAUCUUGGACAUCCAACAGAAAUGGAAAGAGAUCGAGGACAUUAGUGCGAUCGUCAAGAAGCUCGAAGCUGGCUGGGAGAAGAAACAGAAAGACAUCAAAGCCAUGAUCGAAUGGAUAUCAGAGGUUCGAGUUGGGAUAGAGCAUGAGCGAGCACGAACUAGUCUGGGAGAAAGAUAUUGGAAUUCAGGCCAGUGGUUCUUGCAUGGCUCGGAUUUUAAGAGCUGGACAGCCUCGGUUCAUGGGAGCUUCUGGUUGCAAGGCUCUGUUGGAACUGGAAAAACGAGUAUUGCUUCUAUUGUCAUCAAUGAGUUGAUUAAGUCGGGUGAAAAUCCAAGCGUUGGGUUCUUCUAUUGCCGCGCCACGGGAGAAGUGCCGAAUAAUCCAACAGCCAUCUUCCGAAGUCUUGUGGCUCAAUUCGCUUCCACUAUUGAUGGUGAUGAUGUGUAUCCCGUCAUCAGAGACUGGUAUCAGAGAGAAGCCAAGCACUACGUCACUGGCAGUCGGCUCACUAUCAGCCAGUGUGAGGAUUUAUUGGUCAAGUUAAUGACACUACGAGGGAAGACCCUCAUUGUGAUUGACGGAAUUGACGAAUGCAGUGCCCCUAUGGAGCUGCUGAGAUCUCUCUAUGACGUUUGGAAGAAUUUUCCCAAGCUCAAAGUCUUCUUGACAAGUCGACUAGACGUUGAAAUAUCAAGUGUCUUCCAUAGGAUACCAACAGUACAAUGCGAAGUCUCCAAGACAUCAGAUGAUAUCAGGGAGUACAUCACCCAAGAGUUAAAUCGAAAGGAGAGGCGAAACAAGAAAGUCAUCACAGACGAGCUAGCUGAGCGUAUGACCAACAUCUUGGCCAAGAGAGCUCAGGGAAUGUUCCGUUGGGUCGAACUCCAACUCGACCUCCUUAUUAACUCAGAAUGGCGCAUCAAAUACCGCAAAGACUUUGAAGACCGUCUCAAUCAACUCGAGCAUGGAUCCGGCCAAGAGGUCCUCGACUCCCUCCGAGAAACCUACGAUCUCAUCUACGCCCGCAACACGCAAGGACCACAUAGUCGCCGCGUCGCAGAAAAAGCGCUCAAGUGGGUCCUAUGUGCUGCUCGACCUCUUAAAAUCUGGGAACUGGGUGCUGCGGUGUGUGUUGAUGGAGAGGAUAAAGUCAAGACAGAUUUGAUUGUCGCUAUAUGUAGUAAUUUCUUCACCGUUGAUCCGAGAGGCGUUGUGCAGCUUGCGCAUUUGUCGGUGAGGGAGUAUUUAGAGGUUAAGGAGGUGGAUGGGAGGUUGAUUUACUCACCGGAGGAGACUCAUGCUGCUGCUGCCUAUACUUGCUUGCUGUAUUUCAAGAACACGGCGAGGCUUGUGGCAGAGCAGAGAGAGUAUGAUGUUGAUGUUGAGGAAGUAGAGGCGAGUGAUGAGGAUGAGGAUGAGGACGAGGAUGAGGACGAGGAGUCGGAUGUCGACGAUGACGCCAGAAAAGAAGAAGCAAGUGAAGUUGAUCCAACAGCGAGAAAUAAUAUGGCAGAAAGAGAUUUGAUUCAAGAAGAUGCAGAUCGCGUAUACCGCGAAACUAUAGAGGCUCAUAAAACCGCCUCUUCCCUAUUCGGAGAAGAAGGGGAGGAUGCGAAUGCUACGAAAAGUCCGUACGACGCUCCCAAUGCCGAUUACUUCGGCCUCGCAGACGAAUACCUGAUGGCCGACUUAGCACCCACACUAGAGCCUAGAGAAGCCAUCAAGCGCUUCCAACGCUACGCCUCCAUAUAUUGGGCGACGCACUGCGAAGCCGCGAAGAAAUUCCGCACUAAUGAAUCCAGCACCCUCAAUGAGCUAUUCUGGGAAUUUUUAGAAGAUGAUGGAGAGAACCCUGCGUUUCAGCAGUGGACGACCGCGCUGUUUAACGAGUCAAAAUUGGCGAGCUUGCCGACCAUUCAUCCUGCCCCAAUGAUUUUCAUACCGACAACUGCCCAUCAGCAGCAAAUUCUCGACGCGGAGCCUAUGUAUAAUCGUUGGGCGGAGAUCAUUGCGCAUGUUGGAGGGUUGCAGCCCCUGAAACCGAGCGUUUCACUGAUAGCUUGCUCCUAUGGCUUCAUUGAUGUCUUGCAGGAGAUCUCGGAAGAUGGCUCGGCGCUGGUAACUUGCAAUCACCAAGGUAUCCCAGGAAUCGUGCUCGCUACACGGAAUGGAUUUAAUGAGGCCCUUGAUCUCCCAAUUCCCCUGGAUCUUGAUCUUGAUGUUCGAGACAAAGAGGGCCGUACUUUGCUUCACCAUGCAGCUUUCAACGGCUCCUUGGAGCUAGCGCGUAUACUGCUCGGCUACGCUCAUAAGGCCAGCCGUCGAAAAAGCAAGAAGGCACGCCAGCUGCGAGUGGACGUGAAUGCGAAAGAUUUAUGCCAGCGUACACCUCUACACAUAGCAGCACAGUAUGGACAGCUCCAGGUGCUAAAAUUGCUGCUACAAGAAGAAAAGGUGGAUGUCCAUGUAAGAAACGAUAACGGCUAUACAGCUUUGGGGAUGUGCGCCACUAGGCCAGAAUUGGCAGGCCUCUUGCGAGCUGAUACGAGAUAUAAGGUCGAGGAUGAGUUUGAAUGCGACGGGGUAGGGGAUGGCUACUCUAAGAAUAUCACGGCGUGGUAUAGAAUGGAUAAAGUCCCAUGGAAGUCGGAUGAGGUAACCCAGGAAGCCGAAGGACCACCGGAAGCGAUUAAAGGGUCGCCUCAUAUGGAGGGUAGGGAGGAGGGGGGAAAUAACCAUGGCAAGGGCAAUGAAAAUCGCGAUGCUGCGUCCGAGAAAGAAACCAAGAUCAAGAGCAGUGGAUGGGGUGCUAUCGCUGCUGGAAUCGCAGGCACAAGUGCCGCAGCUAUCAUCAGAACUUCCGAGAAGCCGGAGAAAGAAGGGGUUGUUAUAGAAGGAGACCAAGGACUUGGUGGGGAUGGGAUAUUGAGCCCUAUGAUUAGGGUGACGUAUCAUGUGUAA